CUUCCCCAAUCUCGCGAUAUUUAGGCGCCUGAGCGGUUCUCCACCGGCGACGAUUUGCGGGGAAGAUGGCGUAUCCGGCGCCGGCCACAGUGGAGGCCGCAGACGGCGGAGGGGCCGGGCGUUACAACAGCUCGGAGGAGCUAGAGGGCCAGGAGCCGGAUGGGGUGCGCUUUGACCGCGAGAGGGCGCGCCGCCUGUGGGAAGCCGUGUCCGGUGCCCAGCCGGUGGGUAGGGAGGAAGUGGAGCACAUGAUCCAGAAGAACCAAUGUCUCUUCACCAACACCCAGUGUAAGGUUUGCUGCGCCUUGCUUAUUUCUGAGUCCCAGAAGCUGGCACAUUACCAGAGCAAAAAACAUGCCAACAAAGUGAAGAGAUACCUAGCAAUCCAUGGAAUGGAGACAUUAAAGGGGGAAACGAAGAAGCUAGACUCAGAUCAGAAGAGCAGCAGAAGCAAAGACAAGAACCAGUGCUGCCCCAUCUGUAACAUGACCUUUUCCUCCCCUGUCGUGGCCCAGUCGCACUACCUGGGGAAGACCCACGCAAAGAACUUAAAGCUGAAGCAGCAAUCCACUAAGGUGGAAGCUCUGUCGAAACGCCUUACAAAUCCUUUCCUUGUGGCCUCCACCUUAGCCUUGCACCAGAAUAGAGAGAUGAUAGACCCAGACAAGUUCUGCAGCCUCUGCCAUGCGACUUUCAACGACCCUGUCAUGGCUCAACAACAUUAUGUGGGCAAGAAACACAGAAAACAGGAGACCAAGCUCAAACUAAUGGCACGCUAUGGGCGACUGGCGGACCCUGCUGUCACUGACUUUCCAGCUGGAAAGGGCUACCCCUGCAAAACAUGUAAGAUAGUGCUGAACUCCAUAGAACAGUACCAAGCUCAUGUCAGCGGCUUCAAACACAAGAACCAGUCACCAAAAACAGUGGCAUCAUCCCUGGGCCAGAUUCCAAUGCAAAGGCAGCCCAUUCAGAAAGAUUCAACCACCUUGGAAGACUAGAGGUGAUUCUGCCCAGCAUCCCAUGUUGGGCCAGCCGUGAGCCAGCUUCCCGUGACUGCUCAGCCCUUGGCUCCCUCUCACUCCUUGUUCUCACCAGGAAAGUACACAGGCCUGAGGCAGCAUUGGGCCACAGACAGCCUCUGAUUGGUCCAGGCUGAUUCACUCCUGCUGCUCCCCUUUGGCAGGGGUCCUGUAGGCCAUGACAGGGGAGGCAAGGGUAUCGAGAGACCUGGGGUCUCACCAGGUGGCAGUUUGGAGGGUGGCUUUCCCCCUUCCCCAGCCCCUCUGGGCCAUAGGUGCUGAGGCCCCAGCCACUUGUCUUUCCUCUAAAGGUCAGUUUUGGGCCAGUUCCUGCAACUAAAGAACAGAGAUCUCCCUGGACCCUAGACAUUUCCAGUGAAACCUGGAACUUUCAUGUCAAACCUGGGCUGAGGCAGGAAACAGAGGAAAUGGCUGCAACAUGGAAGCUUGGAGCUAAUACAACACUCUGCCUUCCCCCAAAAGGUGCAGGCUUUCCUGAGCCUUAGACCAGAUAUGGCCAGUUGCGCAGGUUUCUGCCAACUGUGAAGUCUCCUCCUGGAGCGGUGACAGAGUCUUGGCGGAGCAUUGCUCCCCCCGCUGCCCUCUCCACGGUUCCUGAAUGGUGCUAAGGAUCUGCAGCAGUUAGCAACGAGCUGGGGCUGGGGGCGGCCCCCAUGUCCACUGGGAUUAUAGGACUCUCCAGUGGGGAUGGGACCUUUCCCCUCCUCCAUCAGAGGUGCUCUGACCCAAGGUCACAUGGGAAAGUGCCCCACAUGCAAGUCUCCCUGAGGGUUCUGCCCCUAAAGGCAAACUGCCUCAUGCCAGCCGGCUGUGAGGUUCAUUGCUACCCUUGGCCCUACUCGUCCUCUCUUCCCCCUUGUGCAGCAGACCACCUUGCCCAGGUUGCUGUGGUGCUAGCCUUCCCCAUCAUCCACCAGGCAAUUUCUGGGUCCCAGGGAAAGAAAUAGAGAGCUGAUGCAGGUUUCUACAGUGAGGAGCAGGUGUCCCCCAGGCCCCACACCCAGAUUUCUCUGUCUUUACUGUUUUGUGGCCUGGGACUGAGUCCACAGGGAUACAGUUUUCCUUGUAGCUUUGAGGCAAGAAUUCCAAGGAGUGUCACCAUCAGAGGCUUCUCCUCAUUUUGUCAGAGAAGCCCCUAGCUGCUCUCGUGGCCUCCUUUCCCCACUCCCUAUCCCUUCACCUGUGAAAUGCCUUUGCUUUGCAUAUUGUAUGGAUGUGUGUGUGUGUGUGUUUGUGUGUAUGUGUGUGCUUAUGUGUGUGUCUAAUGCUCUGUCUCUUGGUCACUGAAGCAUCCAAAUAAAGAAUUUCCCCCAUGAGCCAGACU